CGCGCCACGUGGCAUUCCCACUACUAUAUAAAUCCCCACGGACGCUCUCCCCAAACCCUACCCGCCGCCGCCUUCUCCUCCGCCUCCAAGCAGCGCCUCCACUCGCAUCUCCCGCUCUCCCCUUCGACCAUGGCGGACGUGGAUGUCGAGGCGGAGGUGGCGGUCACUGGCCAGCCGAAGAAGAGGACAUUCCGCAAGUACAGCUACCGCGGCGUGGACCUCGACGCGCUCCUUGACAUGUCCACCGACGACCUCGUUCAGCUCUUUCCCGCACGCGCCCGCCGGAGGUUCCAGAGGGGUCUGAAGAGGAAGCCGAUGGCACUCAUCAAGAAGCUGCGCAAGGCGAAAAAGGAUGCUCCAGCUGGCGAGAAGCCAGAGCCCGUGAGGACCCACCUCCGCAACAUGAUCAUUGUGCCUGAGAUGAUUGGGAGCAUCAUCGGUGUCUACAAUGGCAAGACCUUCAACCAGGUUGAGAUCAAGCCCGAGAUGAUUGGCCACUACCUUGCAGAGUUCUCCAUCUCUUACAAACCAGUCAAGCACGGCAGGCCCGGUAUUGGUGCCACCCACUCUUCGCGGUUCAUUCCUCUCAAGUGAGGCAGACAUGGGAUUUUGUUCUCUUCCAGACUUAAGAUUUCUCUAUGUAGUUGGGCUGUUAAAGUGAACUCAAUAUGCCUACCAUGUACUGGGCGUUCUCCUUGGUUGCCUUUAUUAACUAUGGUAUUAUUUUGACAUAUUGUUUCUAUUGCAAAUUUCUGUUCAUUUGCAUGAAAGUUUACAGCU